AGGGAAGACCCACACGAGAAGACCCGAAAAAGGAAAAACAAAAAACAAAAAAUAAAAGUGUGAAAAAUACAGAAACAAAGGACUACAUCACCGGCGCGUGCAUCACACUCCCCAAUCAUCAUGUCGGAGAUUCGUACGUGGGACUGGUUUCCCAUCCUUACCUCGUUCCACUUGCACGGUUGCUCAAGUUGCCACCCAUCACCAUGCUUCCCACGCGCGCAAUAUCGCCGCGUGAAAAAACCAAGUCUCUGCUUCACUCUCAUUCGCUUUGCUAUUUCGGGUCUCGCUCACUCUCUUCCCUCUCACCAUUCCUUUCAACACCCAAAAAUUCACUUCAAUAAUCUCUCCACCCAAACCAUGGAAACUCGCCGGAGAUUCAAACUCCGGUCACCGGUAUCUCUCCGAUUCUAAAUGCGCGCGUCGUUUCACCACCGAGUCACAGAGCGACGACGACGGCGGCGAACAUGAAAAACGCGUGAUCGAACGGUUCGGGUAUCGAGAUCAGAGUCUUUGCUGCAAUGGCGGCCACCAAUACGACGCCGGCCGUGGACUCUGCUUCCGCCGAUGAAGCCGCGGCGAAAGCUGUGCACAAGCGCUACGAAGGGUUGGUGACGGUUCGGAACAAGGCCAUGAAGGGGAAAGGAGCUUGGUACUGGGCGCACCUUGAGCCUCUUCUGGUUCACAGCACCGAAACGGGGCUCCCAAAAGCGGUGAAGCUCCGCUGCUUCCUCUGCGACGCCGUUUUCUCCGCCUCCAAUCCUUCACGAACAGCUUCGGAGCAUUUGAAGCGUGGAACUUGCCCCAACUUUAACUCCGCCGUCAAACCCAUUUCCUCUGUUUCGCCGGCGAGUACAGCAGUAGUUGUGUCGCCGCCGGAGGCGGCGGCGGCGACUUCUUCGUCGAUGCACCUCAACCAUCUCAAGAGGGGUUCGCCGUCUGACUCGCCGCGUGUGGAUCCGACUCGAUUCGGGUCAGGUUUGUUGCUGCAGCAACCGCAUUUGAUGCUAUCUGGUGGGAAAGAUGAUUUGGGGGCUUUGGCUAUGUUGGAGGACAGUGUGAAGAAGCUGAAGAGUCCUAAAACUUCACCUGGUUUUGCUCUUAGCAAGAGCCAGGUUGAUAGUGCCCUUGAUCAUCUUGCUGAUUGGGUAUAUGAGUCUUGUGGCUCUGUGUCGUUUUCGAGCUUGGAGCAUCCGAAGUUCAGAGCUUUUCUAACCCAGGUUGGUUUGCCACCGGUUAUUCCUAGAGAGUUCACAGGUACUAGAUUGGAUGCUAAGUUUGAGGAAGUUAAAGCUGAAUCAGAAGCAAGGAUUAGAGAUGCCAUGUUCUUUCAACUUGGCUCUGGUGGAUGGAAGGUCAAUAAUUAUGGAGAUGAUGAUAAUUUGGUGAAUUUUACUGUGAAUCUUCCCAAUGGGACCAGUUUGUACAGAAGGGCUCUGUUUGUUACUGGUUCUGCUCCUUCCAACUAUGCUGAGGAGAUUUUAUUGGAGACAAUCACUGGCAUUUGUGGGAAUCUUGUGCAGCAAUGUGUUGGGAUAGUUGCAGACAGAUUCAAAUCCAAGGCUUUGAGAAACUUGGAGAAUCAGAACCACUGGAUGGUUAAUCUCUCUUGUCAGUACCAAGGGUUCAAUAGCUUAAUCAAGGACUUCACCAAGGAACUUCCUUUGUUCAGAACUGUGGCUGAGAAUUGUCUGAAGCUAGCAAGUUUUGUCAAUUACAACUCACAAAUUCGGAGCAGUUUUCACAAGUACCAACUGCAAGAGUACGGGCACACAUGGUUGCUUCGAGUGCCUACGCGAGAGUUUGAGGAUUUUAACUUUGGCCCCGUGUUCACAAUGAUGGAGGACACUUUGCGAUCGGGGCGCGCUUUACAAUUGGUUCUGCUAGAUGAAUCGUUCAAUAUAGCAUCCAUGGAGGAUCCAAAUGCGGGAGAAGUCGGGGACAUGGUUCGAAAUGUAGGUUUUUGGAAUGAUUUGGAAGCAGUCCAUGCUUUGGUUAAAUUGGUGAAGGACAUGGCUCACGAGAUUGAGACAGAAAGGCCCUUAGUUGGGCAAUGCCUUAUAAUUUGGAACGAGUUGAGAUCAAAAGUGAAGGAUUGGUGCUCCAAAUUCCAAAUUGCAGAAGGAGCAGUGGAUAAAUUGAUUGAAAAAAGGUUCAAGAAGAACUACCACCCUGCUUGGGCUGCAGCAUACAUUCUAGACCCUCUUUAUCUAAUAAGAGACACAAGCGGCAAGUACCUUCCGCCAUUCAAGUACUUGACUCCGGAACAGGAGAAAGAUGUCGACAGGCUCUUAACAAGGCUUGUUUCGAGAGACGAAGCACACAUUGCUCUGAUGGAACUCAUGAAGUGGAGAACAGAAGGGCUUGAUCCAGUUUAUGCUCAAGCUGUUCAGAUGAAGGAGAGGGAUCCAGUUACUGGGAAGAUGAGGAUUGCUAAUCCACAAAGUAGUAGACUUGUUUGGGAAACUUAUUUAACUGAAUUCAAGUCAUUAGGGAAAGUUGCAGUGAGGCUAAUCUUCCUUAAUGCAACUUCUUGUGGAUUCAAAUGCAAUUGGUCUCUGUGGAGAUGGGUUUGUGCCCAUGGACACUCAAGAACUGCAUUGGACAAGGUUCAGAAGUUGAUGUUCAUUGCAGCUCAUAACAAAUUGGAGAGAAGGGAUUUUUCCAGUGAUGAAGAUUUGUUUGCCUUAGCAAAUGGUGAGGAUGAUGAUGUGUUGAAUGAGGUUUUUGUUGAUACAUCCUCAGUGUAACAUUUUUGUUAGGGAUUUUGAUUUAUAGAAUUUAUUGAAUUCUUUCCACCCCUCCUUUUUUUUCAUGUCUUCUUCCAUCUUCUUUUCAUGAUUUUUUAGCUGUUCAAAUGGGAAGGAUGUUGUAGAAAUUCUAUUCCUCUAGUAGUUUGAGUUAAAUAAUAUCUGCAAAGGGGAAAUUUUUAUC